CGGAAUCAGACGUCGCCAAAUUUGGAGGGCAACUUGAAGAAGACAGACCCGAAGUGCCGCAAUGCGUAUUUUACAUGCACGAGGUCAGUCGUCGGGGGCUAGUUGAGCCCUCGUCAGGGGCUGGGCCUGGCUGGGGCUACUAUUGGGGCUACUGUUGGGGCAAGUAAUCUGUGGCCCCUCGGACCUUGGAGUUUUGGCCCGGUUCUAGAAGCCCCGGCUAAAAACAGAGCAGGUGGUCUGGACUAGUGGGUCCUGUAGGAAGCUGCUGGAAUUCAGGAAACUCUAGAUUAAGAUGUCGAGCUAGUGUGACCGGGGAAGUGGGGGCUCGCGGGGAGCACCUUGGACAGUGUAAAGCCAGUACGCUCAAAUCGGCCGGCAGGGGGGGAGGGGGAGAGUGGGGGAGGGCCAUGCAGCAUGGGGAAUAAUCGAGCUCCGAGCGAGCCUCUGAUUGGAUGCCGGGCCCGGGUUCAAAGCCACGAUGAGUGGAGUGUUGAGGCCUCCGCACGGAGCGUAGCAGGGCCUUCAGACGGAUGAAGAAGAUAUGCUCCGAGUGCCAGCCGGCAUCCCCCACAGGAAUCUCGGUCUCUGCUGUGAAGAUUGCGCAGCCCGAGUCAGAGGAUAUGCUCGGCCCGACUGUGCAGCUCCCAUGUCGCAGCUUGCCAGUGAGUGAGUGGGAAGAGAAACUGUGUUCCAUGGAGUCGAGCCCGGGGAUUCUCUCAGUUUCCGCCAUCUUGCCUUGGCGACACACUGCGCUAACAGUGGCUCGAUCCGCAUGCGCCCCAACCACGCACGCAAGCAAGGCAGCAAGCAAGUUCGUUCGAAGUCAAGAGGUGUGUUGCAGUGCAGUGCAGGGGCAGCCCAUCCCAUCCCAUCCCAUUCCAUUCCAUCCCAAGUCCUUCCGUCCCUCCCUCGCUGAAGCAAAGAGACAUGUCCAGAGCAAGAGUUGAAAGGUAUAAUGCCUGCGUUCAGAGCAUGUGCUGCCAGCAUAUGCCGGGGUCCUGGGAGAGAGCAGAUUCCGACGCAGCAUAUGCAGAUGGGGAUUCUCUCGUUGCGAAAGCGCAGCAUGCAGGAGUGAAAUCAGCUCUGCAGGCAGAAUUCACCGGUGCCCGUAUGUGCACGAAUAAGCGACUGAGCACACAUUCACAGACAGAUAAGUCGACAGAAACAACAGAGGCCAUGAUGAUGGAGGAGGAGGAGGAAGAGGAGGAAGAGGAGGAAGAGUCCCCACAGGAUGGAGGCUGGGCACUGACUGCUGGCACACACGAGGUCAGCCCCGAGUCAAAUCGUGUGCUACAAUCAGAUAGAUCUUAAAAUCACUUUCCCACAAAAGUCAGUUCCACAAGGCCUGGGCGACGAGGGGCCUGGCUGACUAGCUCGCAAGCUAGCUAUCUAGGUCGACAUGUGAAUAAUACUGCAAAUAAUGGAUGGCUUCAGAGUUGUCAUUUUACGAUGGCUUCGUAUUUACUUUGACGCGGACCCUG